GAAAGGAUCAUCACUCAUCCUUAUCUAAUUGCAACAAACAAUAAACGUUUCCCCACUUUCUCUCUGUUUACCUAUAAAUUUAAAAAAAAAAAAAACUUUCAAAAGAAAAUUCCUUGCCUUGCAGACAAGCUCAUUAAAGCGAAAACCAUAAUCUCUCUUCCAUUUAUUUAAAAAUUUGUUUUUGUUUUUUUGUUAUCUCUUCCAGAAAUAGAAAUAGAGAGAGAAAAGUAAUUUUACUGUUCGGAUCUGUGUUUUUGGAGGAAAUGGCAUCUGGAUCAUCGGGUCGGGGAAACACGGGUAAUUCCAAAGGGUUUGAUUUUGGGUCCGAUGAUAUUCUUUGCUCCUAUGAGGAUUACGGCAACCAGGAAUCGUCCAAUGGCAACCACACCGAACCCAACAGCUCCAAUAAGGAGUUUCACAAAGGAAGAGUAGCACGUUCAAUGUUUCCACCUAGUGGAUACAGUCAGCCGGAAGACUCUUUCUCCUCAGAUGUGGCUGCUACUGUUGAAAAAACCAUGAAAAGAUACACAGAUAAUCUCAUGCGCUUUCUUGAAGGAAUAAGUUCUCGAUUAUCACAGUUGGAGCUAUAUUGCUACAAUCUUGAUAGAUCAAUUGGAGAUAUGCGAGCUGAUUUAGUUCAUGGGAAUGGAGAUGCAGAUUCAAAGCUUAAAUCUAUUGAGAAACAUCUACAAGAGGUCCACAGGUCUGUGCAGAUCCUAAGAGAUAAGCAGGAGCUUGCGGAGACUCAGAAGGAGUUGGCUAAGCUACAACUUGCACAGAAGGAAUCUUCUUCCAGCCAUUCACAAUCGACUGAGGAGAGAGUAUCACCACCUGCCUCUGAUCCUAAAAAGACUGACCACACAUCUGAGAUGCAAAACCAACAAUUAGCUCUUUCCCUACCUCAUCAAGUAGCAUCACAACAACAGCCUGUGGCGGCACACUCUCAAGCCCCACCUCAAAAUUUGACCCAACAAUCCUACUACAUCCCCGCCCCUAACCCUAACCCUCCCCCUGCCCCAGCACAAAAUCAGCACCCCCAGAGUCAAUAUGUGACUUCUGAUCCUCAAUACCGACCGCCUCAGAUACAAGACAUCUCUAGGAUGCCAACACAGCCUACACAAUCCCAAGGUAAUCAGGUCCAAUCAUUCCCUCAGUAUCAGCAGCAAUGGCCUCAACAAUUAUCGCAGCAAGUGCAACCGCAGCAGCAGUCCUCUAUGCAACCACAGAUGAGGGCCCCAUCAACACCAGCUUACUCUCCCUACCCUCCAACUCAAUCAACAAAUCAAUCUCAACCAGAGGCGUUGCCCAACAGCAUGGCCAUGCAGGUCUCAUAUUCUGGACUUCCUCAACCCGUGUCUAGCCGUGCUGAUACCAUUACUUAUGGGUACGGAGUACCCGGCAGAACAGCUCCCCAGCAACCUCCUCAACAAAUCAAAGGCACUUUUGGAGCACAACCGACUGAUAGGUACACAGGACCUGUCUCCAAUCCCCCCUUUCCUCCGGGAAGUGCUUACAUGGUAUAUGAUAGUGAAGGGGGUAGAACACAUCACCCGUCCCAGCAGCCUAACUUCUCACAGGGUGGAUAUCCCCCAGCAGCAAAUGUCUCUCUUCAGACUCAACCAGGUACUGGCCCUAAUGUUAUGGUUAGAAACACCAACCAUCCGCAGUUUGUUCGCAAUCAUCCCUACAGUGAGCUGAUUGAAAAGUUGGUGAGCAUGGGUUUCAGAGGUGAUCAUGUUGCCAGUGUGAUUCAGAGGAUGGAAGAGAGCGGGCAGCCUCCGGAUUUCAAUGCUGUGCUUGAUAGAUUAAAUGCACAUUCCUCUGGUGGUUCUCAAAGAGGAGGAUGGUAAAGGGCAAUCGCAUACCUGAGUUGGGCUUUGGAUGUUAUUCGAAUAAAGGGUGGUAGAGUUCUCGUUUAUAUGUUGGGAGGGAUAUGAAUAUUUGUAUGUUACCUCCUAAUUAAAACUUCUACUGGGAAAUGUUUGCUUUUAUUUGGGUUAAUUUCAGUUUUAUUAUCUAAUGCAAUAACCCCCCCUGCUGCUUAUCUUAA